AUGGCCUACCUGACCACCCUUCUCACCUUCAAUGGAAUCGCUUUCUGGGUCAUCUGCCUCUGCUACGGAAAGAUGUACUGCAGCAUCCGCCGUGGGCGUGAGGCAGGAGCUGCCCUCUAUAGCUCCGACAUGACUGUCGCAAAGAGGAUGGCACUUCUGGUCUUCACGGACUUCGCCUGUUGGGCCCCGAUAGCCUUCUUCGGCCUCACCGCCCUUGCAGACUACCCUCUCAUCAACGUCACCAACACUAAGAUCCUUUUGGUCUUCUUUUAUCCCCUCAACUCCUGCGCUAAUCCCUACCUCUACGCACUGCUGACUCAUCAGUAUCGCUGGGAUGUCAUCAUUCUUCUCAGCAGGUAA